AUGUCCGACUCUGUCACCUCCACCCCGCACGACACGCCCGGCUGCACGACGCCCAUCCCCGUGAGCGCCGAGGCUGGGCCAUCGACACUGCGCGUCAGCGUCAUCGACAAAUGGCUCAAGCCAAACGGGCCACCCAAAGGCGUGUCCUUCGGCGCGCGCAAGCUCCAGGAGCAAGAUGAUGUGUGGAGCAACAACGCUUGGGACCACGCCGAGCUGCCCGACGACUUUGAAGAGCGCGCCGCCGAGAUCAUGGAGGCGCACGCUGCGUCGCCCGUCCCCGACGAGAAGGUGACAGAGUACAACGCGCGCCCGGCAAAGUACUGGGACAAGUUUUACAGCAACCACGCCGACCAGUUCUUCAAGAACCGCCGCUGGCUGCCGCUCGAGUUCCCGGAGCUCGUGUCGUGCUGCGAGCCAGACGCGGGGCCCAAGACCGUCCUCGAGGUCGGCUGCGGAGCGGGCAACACCGUGUUCCCGCUGCUCAUGCACAAUGAGAACCCGGGCCUCCGCAUCUUCGCCACCGACUACUCUAAGACGGCCGUCAAGGUCGUCCAGUCGAGCGAGAUGUACCCGCGGGCGGCACACGGCCUCGGCGAGCUCUCCGCGUCCGUGUGGGACAUUACGAGCCGGCCAAGCGAGGAGGCCACCGCCCAGGGCAUUACAUACUCGCUCCCCGAAGGAGUCGAGCCUGGUACCGUCGACGUCCUCACCGUCGUGUACGUCCUCAGCGCACUGCAUCCCGACGAGUGGGCGCAGGCCGUCCACAACCUCUACUCGUGUCUCAAGCCCGGUGGUCUUUUGCUUGUUCGUGACUACGGGAGGCACGAUCUCGCCCAGCUCCGCAUCAAGAAGGAGCGCUUGCUCGAUGUGCCAAACUUCUACAUCCGCGGUGACGGCACACGCGUCUACUUCUUCGAGAAGGACCAGCUCGGCGACAUGCUCACAGCACCUCCACUUGGUGCGGAGACUGGCAACAUGUUCCAGAUCCACCAAUUGGCAGAGGACAGGCGUUUGCUCGUCAACCGCAAGGAGCAGAAAAAGAUGUACCGCAUUUGGCUGCAGGCCAAGGCGACCAAGGUGUAG